AUGUCGCGCCUACCAACACAGAAGGGUCUCAACACUCUGUUCCAUGUCCGCUUCGAGCCUUUUCCCAAACCAAUCAAUUGCACCACUUUCAUUGCUACCGAAGCCAUUGCCAACGACGACCGUCAUCCCUUGAAUAUUCCCAUCUCUCGUCGCCUUGAAACUUGGAAUCCACAACGACUACACUGGGUCAUCAGAACCCCAGUUGCCAUCUCAAAGAAACGGACUAUUCGCUCCUGGGUCACGAGAAGAUUUCGCAACACAGUUAUAGAUGAAUUAGAAAAGUCUGGCUUCAACAGAUGGGGUGAACCUCUUGUCCCCUCCAGGCUAAAAUCGCCCCUUACUGGUGCCUUGGCUAUCACCCUUCUCCGACCUGCACUUACUGCCUCGAUCGAAGAUGUACGUCAAGUCUGCAGCACGAUCUUGAGAAAGCACGUACUCUCUCGUCGGAGACCCUGA